AACGAUCCCAAGAUCUCCGAGCGCAACGAGAAGGAAGCUCGCGAGAGGAACACCAGCGGGCGGAGCAGAGGAAGGGCUGGGCACGCGAGAGUGGGCUUGGAGUGUGUUUGUGUGGGUGUGGAGGGCGGAUCCGCUGCCUAUUCCCUCCUCUCACUAUUCAUUUCUUCUGCCUGGUCGUGUUACUGUCACGCGAUUCUCGUUUGUGCCGAUCCGCCGGUUUUCCGGGCCCAUUUUAACGCGGAUUAGCAGCGCCCAGCGGUUUUUAGGUGGUUUAAGAUCUGCUCGAUGUGAGAAAUGUUCGUUGAUGUCAGUCGUGGGGAGAGAGAAUCAAUCGGAUUCUUCGUCAGAGCUUUCCACCACCACCACCACCAACACGACGAGGAAAUCGUUUGGAUGUCUGGUGUUGGAUCGUGAUCCGAUGUGAUCGAGAAAUGAGUGUUUUUUUUUACUGAUGUGUUUUGUAUUGGCGGAUAUGGUUUCUUGGCGUCCUUCUGGAUGCUGCCUCGUUUUUUGAGAGGGUGGAAUGAAUCGAGAUUGGAGAUUUUGGUUCCCGAUCGUUUCCGAUUGGAGUAGAUGGUUGUAGAGAGACGGAGAAAGCCGAAUCGCUGCUGGAGGUGACGGGAGAUACAGAGUCGAAGGCGUAGAUUUCCAAAUUGGGAGGAAUCGCCGAAGAACUCUGGAAUAGAAGUUGCCGGGCGGGGAAAAAAAUGAGGAGGAAACACGGGGAUAGCGAUACGGGAUGCCGGCAGUGGGUAGUUUUCUGGAGCGUGCUGAGCGCGACAUGUUUGGCGGUUUACGUUUUUCUGUCCCCCUUUUUCUACGAGACCUUCACGGACAACUUGCAAAUGGUAGUUAAGUUGCGGGAGGAUAAAGCUGACUGCUGCAGAGGAAUGGAUCAUUUAGAAUAUUGGGGUCGCGCGGUGAAAUGGGGCUCCGAGCACCAGGUCAAUACUUCUCAAGAGUGUUGUGCAGCUUGCAAGGCUCUGUGCACCGACGACGGUCCCUGUCAAUGCAAUUCUUGGGUUUUUUGCGGCGAUCAAGCCAGGUGUGGGCCAAAGCUGGGCCAGUGCUGGCUGAAAAAACAAGAGGAUCCUCUCAAUCCUGACGUGCAAGAAUCUGGCGAGCAAGUGAUGUGGACGUCCGGGCUGAUUUUCGGAAAGGACGUGGGCAUUUUGGCGCUGGAGACUGAGCAUGGGGCCAUACGGAUUAAGUUGCUCCCGGAUUGCGCCCCAUGGUCUGUACAGUAUUUCACUGAGCUGCUUAGAUUGCGACAUUGCGCUGGUUGCCAAAUUUAUCGAGCGGAGGCCCGAGGAUCAGCUUGGGAUGCUUAUGGAAAGCAUAUCAAUAAGGCUUUGACAGGACCUCCUUACGGUUUGUUGCAAGGUACAUUGGCAGUCCAAGCUGUAACGUUCAAGGAGAUGCCUGUUGAAGCAUGUCCUGUGAUCGCAAGGGGUAUGGUGGGCUGGAUUGGUGGUGGUCCCGAUUUUUUCAUAAGCCUAGCAAAUCAUCGAGAGUGGUCUCCAAAGUUCACAGUUUUUGCUCAUGUCCUAGCAGAAGACAUGGAAAUUGUGGAAAAUAUCUCACUUCUACCAACCACUGCAUCAGUAUGGUCUGGUGUAACAGUUGCGAUGCUCAAUGAACCAGUGUCCAUCAAGAUUGGCCGUCCCGAUUCUUCAAAUAUCGCAGAGGUUGUGUCAGGCUAAGAGGAAGUUGUGAUCUGCAUUGAAAGCUGCUUUUGGCACUAAUUUUGAUGCCCUGUUUAGGGAUGCGUCUUCACUUACAUUUGGUGGAGUUGUAUCAAAGGAAUGAAAAGAGAAUUAUCACAUGUGGCAGCCACAUGUGGUUUUACCAUUUUGUGUCAUUAGAAUACUGAAAGGAUCAAAGGUGCAAACUGCGCUUUGAGCCAAGGCCAGGUAGAUCAAUUUCAUGAUGAGUUCAGGUUCCAUAUUAGACUGAAUGCCAAAGGUAUGAAGGAAAUUAGAUUUCUUUCUUCAGUAUAAGCAACAAUAGAGGCUUGGUUUUUGAAAUCAACCAAAUCGUUGCAACUGUAGAUACACUUGGUAAUAUGUACAGCAGUGAAUAAUUACCGUUCCAAAAUGGCUCAAGUUAAUAGGACCUAUGUUGAAUCAUCAAACCGAGCCAUGUCAAUUUGCCAUCUACAUAGCUGUUUGUCUGUCUCCUCCUCAUCUUGUAACAUUGUCCGGAGUGUUCUACGGAGCUGAUUGGUGUGAUGUGGGUACAUACUGAUUUGAUGAGGUAUUCAA